GAGCCCGGGUCUCCGACGGUAGAGGGUUCCGGCGAGCUUGCGGGAUGAGCGGGUCCCUGGGCCGGGCGGCGACGGCUCUGCUUCGCUGGGGGCGUGGCGUGGCCAGCGGCGGCCUGCGGGGUCCCGGAGUGCGGGCGGCGGGCUCGGGGGCCGGCGGCGCCUCGGCGGAGCGGCUGGACGCGCUGGUGAAGAAGGACAAGGUGGUGGUCUUCCUCAAGGGCACGCCGGAGCAGCCCCAGUGUGGCUUCAGCAACGCGGUGGUGCAGAUCCUGCGGCUGCACGGCGUCCGGGACUACGCAGCCUACAACGUGCUGGACGACCCCCAGCUCCGGCAAGGUGUCAAAGACUACUCCAACUGGCCCACCAUCCCGCAGGUGUACCUCAACGGCGAGUUCGUGGGCGGCUGCGACAUCCUCCUGCAGAUGCACCAGAACGGGGACCUGGUGGAAGAGCUGAAAAAGCUGGGGAUCCGCUCCGCCCUCCUAGACGAAACCGAGGGCCAGGACUCAAAGUGAGGGCAGCGCGUGCUCCCUGCGUGGAGGCCACCGCGGGAGCGGGAGCGGGGCCCGGGAGAAGCCUUACCGCGUCUGCCGUCCCCGCUCAGGCGCUGCCUGCUCCAGCGAGCGAGCGGCCGGCGACUGGAGUGUGUCUGGUGUCGGGCUGAGAAGGUUCUGCGUGAAUGUAAUUAUAGCCGCUGCACUGUAAUAAGUCAGGGUCGUAUUAUCGUCUUAUAAACAGAAUUUGUUCUCGUCCGCUCUCUGCCUGAUUCAGGAGUAAAACCAGGAGCUUUUGAAUCAUGAUCGGUAUUCAUGAGUCCCCUGCCGAUGUGUCAAUCUGCAAAGAUCUUAUCUCCCCCCACAUUUUUUGUCACUUGUUCUGUUAAGAAAAAUGACGGAGAAGGAAGAGAACAUAAUAACUGGAGUGUUGUUUUUAGAAAUAAACUGCCAAGGAUACAGCA